AUGUCGAAUAUUAACAGAUAUCUAAGCAAUGAAAGUUUCUCUCUUACCGACAGUCAAACAGAAAGUUUGAAAGAGAGAAAGAUCGAUAUACCUGUAGUGGAUAACACAGAAUCCAGGGAGGAAUUAAUAGCGCGUAUUGAAACCGUGACUUCAUGCAUAAUCCAACAAUUGUGUUCCGGUCGUUUGCCUCAAAUGUCGUAUUCGUCCUCGCACCCUUACACUUUAACGGGCACGCAACAAAUAAUGGAAGAAAACGACGAUGAAUCACAAUUCCCUGAAGAAUCUAACGAAAUCAACGGAGAGAGUUACCAAAGUGACAAAAAGACUGUUAUCAAUUUCGCCAGGAAGAGAAGCAAAGACAAAUUUGCAUUAAUGAUGACCGUAAUGGCCGCGGCUCAUCGUUUGUUAAUCACAAAUACCACAAUAACGAGACGAUCGCUUUACUACGAUCUAAAAAACGAGAAGACCUCGAAUUUAGUACCGGAACAGAGACAAGUAGACCUAGCUGUGAACCACGUGGCUAAUCUUCUGAAUUGCGCUCCUUGGGAGCUGAAUCUCCUACCCACCUCAAAGGGAUUAGCAGCCGGUGAAUUAACGCUCACUUUGGCCGACAAACGAAUCAUCGAUUGCACCGCGCCUGGAGGGGCCCUUAUUCCGCACAUCGCGUCGAACGUGAUCUCCAUUCGGACAACGGCCAAAAUGGCACUGGUCGUCGAGAAGGACGCGGUUUUCCAAAAGUUAUUGGAAGAGGACUGCACUAGCUUGUUGAAUUGCAUUUUAGUGACGGGUAAAGGGUAUCCAGAUGUGGCCACGAGAAUGUUCGUGAAAUUACUGUCGGAGAAAAUGGCACUUCCGGUUUACGCGAUCGUGGAUGCGGAUCCAUUCGGUGUGGACAUCAUGUGUGUCUAUCGUUUCGGAUCGGCGAGUUUAUCCAAGGAGAAGGAGAGUUUAGCCUGUCCAAAUGUGCGAUGGCUCGGGAUACAUCCGUCGGAAUUGGUCGCCUUGGGUGUGAGCACUGUUCCCCUAACUGAAUUCGAUUUAUCAAAAUUGAUCGCGAUCAAGGGUCGACCUUAUAUGAACGAUGCGUUUCUCAAGGAGCUCGAACUAAUGAGGACGGGUAAGGCGGAGAUAGAAGGGUUGUCUUCUUUCUCGAGGAGAUUUCUUAGUGCUACCUACUUGCCCUGCAAAAUCAAAGGUGGCGAUUACAUAUAA